AUGGACGGCAGAACGGAGAACAAGAUGGCCAUCGAUCAGGUAGACGAUGAUGGCAACAGCCCCACGGUCGCAGAUGAGAAGCCGAAGCUCGAGAAGAAGCAACAUGUGGACAUCAACCACAACAUCUCAGCCGCCAUCCAGAACCCCCUCGCUCAUCUUACUAAGGAGCAGCUGCUGAAGGAAGUUGACGCUUUUGCGCAAGGCACUGGCAUGGAAGACACCCUUACUCUGCUGCGCAAGGGCGCCCUCAUUGCCCAGAACCACGACUUUGAGAGCAUUCCUGAGCUCGAUGAAGCAGACCUCGAGGCCUUACGCUAUGAGCGCGAGCACAAAUGGAGACAAACGAAGGGUCUCUACAUGACGAUCGUGCUCUGCUCCAUUGGAGCCGCCGUCCAAGGUUGGGACCAGACAGGCGCCAAUGGUGCCAAUCUUUCGUUCCCCAAGGAGUUUGGCAUCAACCCUGCCGCCGGCACGCCCAACUUCGAGCGCAACCAAUGGCUGCUCGGUCUCGUCAACGGCUCGCCGCACAUCAGCGCGCCUUUUCUCGGCUGUUGGCUCUCGGAUCCCAUCAACAACUACGUCGGCCGGCGAGGGACCAUCUUCUUCUCGGCAAUCUUUUGCAUCUUUCCAGUUCUCUGCCAAGCAUUUUGCCAGAAUUGGGAGCAGCUGUUUGUGUGCCGACUGCUUCUCGGCAUCGGCUGGGGGUGUAAGGCCUCCAUCAUCCCCGUGUUCGCGGCCGAGAACUCGCCUCACUACAUCCGUGGUGGUCUGGUCAUGUCGUGGCAGAUGUACACAGCCAUGGGCAUCAUGUUGGGAUUCGCUGCCAACCUGGUGUUCUACCGUGUAGGAGAUCUUGCUUGGAGAUUCCAGCUCGCCUCGGCAUUCCUUCCCGCGGUGCCUUUAGCUGCUUUUAUUUACUGUUGCCCUGAGUCUCCACGCUGGUACAUGAAGAAGGGUCGUGUCGGGGACGCAUACAAGUCACUCUGCCGUCUUCGGAAGACCCCUCUCCAAGCUGCGCGCGAUCUCUACUACAUGCAUGCACAGCUCGAGGUCGAGGCCACGCUUGUGAAGCGUACUAGCAACUACCUGAAGAGAUUCACGGAGCUUUUCACUGUGCCGCGUAAUCGCCGGGCAACUCUGGCAUCCUUCAUCGUCAUGAUGUCUCAGCAGAUGUGCGGCAUCAAUAUCAUCAGCUACUACAGCUCCUCCGUCUUCAGCUCGGCGGGGGCAUCGGCACUGGCAGCACUCUUCUUCUCCUUCGGCUUCGGCGCCAUCAACUUUAUAUUUGCAUUCCCGGCCGUCAAGUUGAUUGACCAGUUCGGACGUCGCAGCCUACUACUCGCCACCUUCCCUCUCAUGGCAGUAAUGCUCAUCGCGACGGCUAUGUGCUUCUAUGUGCCAGAGAGCAGCAAUGCGCACCUGGGACUCAUCGCCUUCUUCAUCUACCUGUUCUCCAUCUGCUACUCCCCCGGAGCCGGGCCGGUGCCCUUCACCUACAGCGCCGAGGUCUUCCCGCUCUCGCAUCGCGAGGUGGGCAUGAGCUGGGCCGUGGCCAGCAUCAACUUCUGGGGCUUCAUCCUGUCGCUGACUUAUUUCCGCAUCGCGGCUGCCUUUACCGUCAAGGGGGCGUUUGGCUUCUACGCGGGACUGAACGUCCUCUGUUGGUUCCUCAUUUUCUUCUUCGUGCCCGAGACCAAGAAGCGCACCCUUGAGGAGCUCGACUACGUUUUUGGCGUGCCCACGCGGACUUUCAUACGCCACCAGAUCCGCAAGGCGGCGCCGUACUUUGUGCGCCGCUACUUCAUGUUUGACAAGACUGCGCGCCUGGAGCCUCUGUACCAUCUUGACCACGUUGACUCAUCCUAA